AUGAAGCUGCAGCACGUCCUUAUUUAUGGGCUGGAAACGGUCGCGGCUCUGGAGAGGCAGAUCUUUGACUUCCUGGGCUACCAGUGGGCACCCAUCCUGGCCAACUUUUUACACAUCAUGGCCGUUAUUUUGGGUAUUUUUGGGACCGUCCAGUACAGAUCCAAAUACCUCAUGAUGUACGCGGUGUGGCUGGUGCUGUGGGUCGGCUGGAACGCCUUCAUCAUCUGCUUCUACCUGGAGGUCGGACGCUUGUCGCAGGACCGAGACUUCAUCAUGACCUUCAACACCUCCCUGCACCGCUCCUGGUGGAUGGAGAACGGGCCAGGCUGCCUGGUGACCCCGGUGCUCAACUCCAACCUGGCACCUGAGGACCACCACGUCAUCACUGUCAGUGGCUGCCUCCUGGACUACCAGUACAUCGAGGUCCUGAGCAGUGCCACGCAGAUAUUCCUGGCGCUCUUUGGCUUCGUCUACGCCUGCUAUGUCAGCAAAGUGUUCCUGGAGGAAGAAGACAGCUUCGACUUCAUUGGCGGAUUUGACUCCUAUGGGUACCAGGCACCUCAGAAGACGUCGCACCUGCAGCUACAGCCGCUCUACACGUGA